AUGGAAAAGCAACCUCUUCUUCAGAAACCCGAGGAUCUGUCCACUUGGUCACUCAAGGGCUGGAUCACAAGCUGCCUUCCCAGAGCGCCUCCAAUGCCAGAGAAUCCCCCUGACGAUUUGGAGGCCAUGCUCCAUUCUCUGAGUCCUCUGGAUUCUGACCCACUCCCUGAACUCCCACUGGCUGGAACCGUUCAGAGUAAGCUAGGGGCUGGCGAAAAACUCAAAGAGUUGCGUAAGCUCAUGAAAAGACAUAAUAUUGCCGUUUAUAUCGUGCCUUCUGAGGAUGAGCACCAGUCUGAAUUCACUGCCGUGGCUGAUAAAAGAAGAGAGUUUCUUACGGGGUUCAAGGGCAGCGCUGGUAUCGCUGUAGUGACUCUUGACGACGCGGAGACCUUGUCUGGAGAGGCUGCGUUGUCUACAGAUGGUCGUUACUUCUUGCAAGCGGAAAAAGAGCUUGAUUUGAAGUAUUGGCAAUUGUUGAAACAGGGACAGGUAGGGUACCCCAGUUGGCAAGAGUUUGCACUCAAAAGGGCCGCUUCCAGCAAAUUUUCUAAUAUAAUUUCUGUGGAUCCCAAGUUGUUGAGUCUCUCUGUUGGGCAGUACUUCAGCAGCACUCUGAGAUACAGAGGAGUCGUUUUCAAGCCUUUUAUUGAGUACAAUUUAGUGGAUGAAGUAUGGGGAAAUGAAAAGCCUUCUAGAACUCGAGACAAGGCCUACGUCUACACAGCUCAGUAUUCUGGCGAAUCAACCAAUGAUAAGAUCGCAAGAGUCAGAAACAUCAUUCGUCAGAAGGGCGCCACCCACCUCGUCAUCACGGCCUUGGACGAUGUUGGGUGGUUGUUCAACUUGCGGGCUGACCACUCUAUUCCAUUUUCGCCAUUCUUCUUUGCAUAUGCUGUUGUCUCCCUAGACAAAGUAUGGCUUUACGCUGACAAUGAUAUCAUUGCCUCUGUCAAGCCUUAUCUUUUGUCGAUUGAAUCCUUAUCCAUUAAGUCGUACGAGAGCUUUUAUUCGGAUCUAUCUACAAUUAAGGCAACAGUUCAUGAUCACUCGGUUAGAGUGAUCCUUCCCUCAAAAUCCGCCUGCAACUACGCUCUUCUCACAUCGUUACCGCUGUCUGUCUCCAGGCAAACUCUAAUCUAUAAUUCAGUCGUCGCUGUGCUCAAGUUGGUCAAGAAUAAAACUGAGCUUUUGAAUGCAAAAGUGGCGCAAGCGAAGGAUUCUUUGGUGUUCAUCAUUUUCUUCGCUUGGUUAGAAAAUGAGUUGAUCCACAAGAAGAAUAAAAUCAACGAAUACGAAGCAGCACAGAAAAUAUACAGCAUUCGAGCAAGAUUUCCAAGUUUCAAGGGCUUGUCUUACGAGACAAUUUCAUCCACGGGACCUAACGCUGCUAUAAUUCACUACGAGCCAACAAAAGAUAAUAAUGCAAUCAUCGACCCCAAACUUCCUUACCUCAUCGACUCGGGUGGGCAUUAUCUUGAAGGCACUACUGAUAUCACAAGAACAUUCAAAUUUGGGCCUGAUGGUCUCACUCAUGAGAUGAUGAAAUAUUUCACUCUUGUACUCAAGGGUCAUAUUGCCGUGGCUAUGGCUAAAUUUCCUGCUGAAAGUCCAGCCUCAGGCACCAUCCUAGAUGCAUAUUCCAGGCAAGCAUUAUGGAACGAGGGCCUUGACUUCAAUCACGGGACCGGUCAUGGUGUGGGUGCGUUCGGAAACGUUCACGAGGGUCCAUUGUACAUCCUGACUACUGCCGGUGGCUCUGGCAAUGCUGUCUAUUUCAAAGAAGGAGGAAUUCUUACAAACGAACCUGGCUUUUAUGUGGAUGGUCAGUUUGGGUUCAGAGUGGAAAGUGAGCUCGAGAUUAUCAAGUCCAAGGUCGGCAAGUCACGCCAGGGCGAAGAGUUCUUAGCCUUCAACUACUUGACUAAAGUUCCUCUUGGUCUCAAUCUCAUCGACCCCCAGUACCUAAGCUCCGUUGAGAAGCGUUGGAUCAACAGUUAUCACCAAUCUAUAGUCGAUGACUUUGGCAAUAUGCUCUUGAAGAUCGGCGAGUAUCGUGCCUACGCAUGGCUUCUCAAAGAAACUACCCCUAUUGCUUGA